CAGGACCUAGAUGUCUUCCGCUACGAGCUGGAGCGCAUGGACGCCUCGGUGCAGGGGACACAGCGCACGGUGGACCGCGUGGUCGGUGAACUAGGUCGCGUCCAGGAUGUAGGAGACUCGCUUCGGGCAGAUUUGGAGAAGCGACUCUCGCAGCAGAGCAAGAUGUUGAAUGUCUUCAAAAUGGAGCUCGAGGUGAAGCUGGUCAGCCUUGAGAACCGCUAUGACAAGCUGAGUGAUGACCUGUGGGGUGAAGAGACAGGACUAGCGAAGGUCAUGCAUGAUCUUUCCCACACGAACGAGGUGGUCACCAGCAUGAGCACCGAGUUUGCUUCCAUGAAGCACGACAAGGCGAGCAUUGCCCAGCUUCAGAUGGUCCAGGAGGAGGUCAACAAUUUCACUCUGGAGACCAACAACAACGUCACCGCCCUGCAGCAGACUGUUGACAGGAUGAUGGCAGAUAUGAAAGCCCACUUUCAGACCGCCACCAACACAGUGGCGGCGCACAAUGCUGCCAUGCUGCAGGAGGUUCGGACAGCCUACCAAGAAGAGUUGCACGAGGCGGCUCAGGUUCGCAAGAAGGUCGAUGAGUUCAUGCAGUCCGAGCGCGAGUACCGUCGAACGUUAGAGGACAGCAUUUGCAAAUCCCAAGCUCAGACAGAAGACCUCGUGCGCCAGGUGACCUCAGAAGUCGAAGAGGUGGGCAAGCUUCGGCGCCGAGAUCGCAAUAGCCAAGAGGUUGAAAUCAAAGCCGUGGCCAAGUCGCUCGCGACUGUGCAAGAUUCCUCGCAGCAUGUUGCCCAGAGCCUGGAACACUUGAGCGCUGUGAUCUGGACCAUGGUGCAGUGCGAACGAGCGGCAUCAGCGUUGGACCUCCAGGAUGAUCAAGACAGAUCCAAAAUCGCUUUGAUGGGCUACAAGGAAGAGCAGUCGGAGAGGCCUCGAGGAUCGAAAUCCCGCAAGGGCCGAGCCUCUUCGCCAUCGGCAAGUGAGGCCGAUGGUCAGACCAUCAUCAAUGUGGACGAGCGUUGUCUCAGCUGCUGCGGAAAAGCACAGACUGUUCUUUCAGGCUUCAAGAUGGCCUGCUUACAGUACUCUCCAGCGCCAGUUGUCUUCUCGCGCAAGACCUACAACAGGUCUGACUUACUUGGCCUGCGGGAAAAGCUUCUGUCACAGGUGCACGAUGCACUGCAGCAUGGGCCGGUGGAGUUUGACAAGGCCGAAAUCUUCGGAGCCACGGCGAACACGACGAUAUCUUCAGGUGCGAUUGUGGACUCUCUGACAGGUCAGGAUGGUCGCCUGAGCAAAGCAACAGGCUCCCGAUCCAGUCCGUUGUCCAUGCCACCCAUUCAAUCGGCGUGGGGCCUCCCAAGAUGUUGA